AUGUCUGGCACCAGCUUAAGUACAGCCCGCAGUGGCUCCGCACAGAGUCAUCUGGCCGACCCUCCAACCUCUGACUCGACCUCUGCAGACCCAUGCUUUGAUACUGCCUUGCCGCCCAUGAGUUCCAAACAACUGGUCGUCAGCACGCGUCGACCUCCCCGUGGUUCCGAAUCGUCCCUGAUCGCGAACAGCCUCCGCGGCAACAAUCGCGCCGUCACCGCGCUACAGUACUCGCCAGGGACCACUACCAUUGCCCGGGGGCCGAGCACCCAUCGUCGGACGGGCAGCACUCUCAAGACCGUCAUGCGGAAGAUCUUCACUCGCAAGAGUCGAGGCCAUGAGGACGGGGACGAAGAUCCCGCCCCAGGCCGCUUCGGCAACCAGAGUCCGCGUUCGGACCGAUCUUUCGACAAACCUCUUCCCCUCUCCGGCUCAUUGAACGGGAAAUCAAUCAGCCCACUGCAGCACGAGACCGGACCCGUAACAUCGUGGGAAGAGGCCUUGCAGAAACUGGAACCGCACCCGCGUCGCCGACGAGCGACCCUGCCCAGCUUGAUCUUCUCGGACGACGAAUCGCGCGGGGCGCUCGAGGCUGUGGUCAACUCGGACCGUCCUACCAGCAAGCGAGACAACAAUCCUCAUGCGAACAGUGAUCCGGAUGAGGCCCGACGGCGAGAGGUGCGGCAGAUCAAACGACGCUCGCGCAGCGCGACUGCUCUGCGCGGUAUGGCCAAGGAUCACCUGAUGUCUCCGAUCCAGUGGAGGCGACGCAGUCUCGAAUCGUACGCUGGAUCGACAACUUUUGGGGCGCCCUCCGAGGUAGACGCAUCUGAACGGCCCCCAACAAGGACUACCGUGGCCAGUGCGCCGAAGCCGACGACGGAACCGUCCUUCCUAGAAGAGGCGGACGAAGAGGACGAGGAUGAGGAGGAAGUCCAGGAAGAAAACAUUCCCCCGAUGGUCGGGACGCUUGUCAAUUCCCUACAGCAUGAUGAAAAUGUGACUCUGGAACAGCGCCUAACCACCUUGGAGGUGAAAUUGAUCGACCUGGAGUGUGCGAUCGCGCGGAUGCAGUGUGGACGUAGCGAGACGCCGGCCGAGACAUCGGGGCAGAAGAAAUCACCGACCACGAGCCGACACAAGCGCAAGCAGUCGUCGGCGCGGUCGCCGUCGGGAGGCGAUGAGGCCCCGAAUGCCAAGUCGCCGGGCGCCGAUCGCCCGCUCAGCACGAGCACACUUCGCCCGAACCACCUUCACCGCUCACGGACGCUGCAAGCGCCGUCCUCCACCUCCCUGCACGAAUGCAAUAAUGCCAUCUCCGUGGAGCAGUACAGCGCGCUGGUGAUGCUGCUGCGCCGGGAGCAGUCCGCGCGCCGGCAGCUCGAGGAGCAGGUGUCCAGCCUCCGCGGGGACGUCGAGCAGCUGACGCGAAUGGCGCGGGAGUCCAUGGGGCCCAUGCACCCGGUGCGGACGAUUGACCCGCAAGACAUCAUCCGCAUGCGUCAAGCCCUGGGUCCGUCCCCGACCAAUUCGGCGCCGACGGAGAAGCUCUGCCCUGGCGACAGCGACUCGGAGGAGCGGCCGGAACUGCCUCCGAAGGGAGAUGUAUACCACCCGCGGUGGCCAUCGGCCCGACGGGUGGAAGUGGGCGGGAUGAUAUGA